UCCAGGGAAUCCAGGGAAUCCAUGGGAAUCCAUGGGGAUGGAUCCAGGGGGAUGGAAUCCAUGGGGAUGGAUCCAGGGGGUGCUGCACCCGUCCAACGAGGUGCUGAGCUCAGACAUCCUGCCCCGCUGGGCCAUCAUCGGCUGGCUGCUCACCACCUGCACUUCCAACGUGGCGGCGUCCAACGCGAAGCUGGCGCUGUUCUACGACUGGCUCUUCUUCAACCCCGACAAGGACAGCAUCAUGAACAUCGAGCCGGCCAUCCUGGUGAUGCACCACUCCAUGAAACCCCACCCUGCCAUCACUGCCACCCUCCUGGACUUCAUGUGCCGGAUCAUUCCCAACUUUUACCCCCCUCUGGAAGUUCACGUCCGGCAGGGAGUGUUCAACUCCCUCACCCACAUCGUGGAGAAGCGAGUCCUGGCGCAUUUGGCCCCCCUGUUUGACAACCCCAAGCUGGACAAGGAGCUCCGGGCGAUGCUGAGGGAGAAAUUCCCGGAAUUCUGCAGCUCCCCCUCGCCCCCCAUGGAAGUGAAGCUGGAGGAUCCGGUGCCUCUGGAGCUGGAAAGCCCCCUGGGCGAGAAGGACGACGGCAGCUACGACAGCGCCGAGGCCGCGUUCAGCGACGACGAGGACGAGCUCGGCUCCAAAGGGAAGAAGAGGGAGUUCCGCUUCCAUCCCAUCAAGGACUCCAUCGUGGAGGAGCCCGUGGACAUCACGCCCUUCCUGGAGCAGUUGGAGGAAUCCCUCAAGGACAAAGUCCUGCAGCUGCAGAAGGGCAGCGACACGGAGGCGCAGUGUGAGGUGAUGCAGGAGAUCGUGGAUCAGGUCCUGGAGGAGGAUUUUGACUCGGAGCAGCUCUCCGUGCUCGCCUCCUGCCUCCAGGAGCUCUUCAAGGCUCAGUUCCGAGGGGAGGUCCUGCCCGAGGAGAUCACCGAGGAGUCCCUGGAGGAGUCGGUGGGGAAGCCCCUCUACCUGAUAUUCCGGAACCUGUGCCAGAUGCAGGAGGACAACAGCGGCUUCUCCCUCCUGCUGGACCUGCUGUCCGAGCUCUACCAGAAACAGCCCAAGAUCGGCUACCACCUGCUCUACUACCUCAGGGCCAGCAAAGCAGCAGUUGGGAAGAUGAGUCUCUACGAGUCCUUUGCCCAGGCCACUCAGCUGGGGGAGCUGCACACCUGCCUGAUGAUGGACAUGAAGGCCUGCCAGGAGGAUGAUGUCAGGCUGCUCUGCUUCCUCACCCCCUCCAUCUACACAGAGUUCCCAGACGAGACCCUGCGGAGUGGGGAGCUGCUCAACAUGAUCGUGGCCGUCAUCGACUCCUUCCAGCUGCAGGAGCUGGUGUGCCACGUGAUGAUGGGGAACCUGGUGAUGUUCCGCAAGGAUUCCGUGCUCAACAUCCUCAUCCAGAGCCUGGACUGGGAGACGUUCGAGCAGUACUGCACGUGGCAACUGUUCCUGGCCCACAGCAUCCCCCUGGAGACCAUCAUCCCAAUCCUACAGCACCUGAAGUACAAGGAGCACCCCGAGGCCCUGUCCUGCCUCCUGCUGCAGCUGCGCAGGGAGAAGCCCAGCGAGGAGAUGGUGAAGAUGGUGCUGAGCCGGCCCUGCCACCCCGAGGACCAGUUCACCACCAGCAUCCUGCGGCACUGGGGGCUGCGCCACGACGACCUCCUGGGCGAGCACAUCAAGGCCCUGCUCAUCAAGAACAACAGCCUGCCCAGGAAGAGGCAGAGCCUGCGCAGCUCCAGCAGCAAACUGGCCCAGCUGACCCUGGAGCAGAUCCUGGAGCACCUGGAUAACCUCAGGCUCAACCUCACCAACACCAAACACAACUUUUUCAGCCAGACCCCGAUCCUGCAGGCGCUGCAGCACGUCCAGGCCAGCUGUGACGAGGCCCACAAGAUGAAGUUUUCUGACCUGUUCCUGGCUGAGGAAUACGAGGACUCCUCAUCCAGCCCCAAGAGCCGCCGGAAGGCUCCGGCUCUGGCGAGCCAGCGGAGCCGCAAGAGCGCCGCGCAGCCCCACACCGAGGAGGAGUCUGCAUCCAGCAGCGCCUCAGAGGAAGAGGACACCAAACCCAAACCCGCCAAGAGGAAAAGGAAAGGCUCGUCCGCCGUGGGCUCUGACAGCGACUGAGGGGGGGAGCAACCCCCACUUAACUCCCCUGGGACACCCCCAUCUCUGUGGGACCCCCCUCAGUGAGGGGAGGGAGCAACCCCCCCUUAACUCCCCUGGGACACCCCCAUCUCUGUGGGACCCCCCUCAGUGAGGGGAGGGAGCAACCCCCCUUUCCCUCCACCCCCAUCUCUGUGGGACCCCCCCUCAGUGAGGGGAGGGAGGACUCCCCCUUUGCCUCCACCCC